AUGCAAACUGCAGGGCAAUGCCAGAACAACUGCCUAGCCAGCAACAAUACCAUUAACUGCCAGGCCCCAGAAGAUGAUUUUACAGAAGUUUUCGCUCCAAAUUGCGGCAAUAUCCGGCUACACGGUUGGCUGUCAUCAUCAAUGUCUCACGCCUUCAGAAGCAUUCUCACAAGUCCUUGUUCCAGACCGAAAAUCGCUUUCCCUGGUGUGAUGGUGAAGCAAAGAGUACGUUUGUUCUUGAUGAUCUUGGUAAAGGAAUCAUCAAGCAGAAAAAGGGAUGCUACAGUGGAACCAGUACAGAUUCGUGCAGCAAAGGAAAUAGGAAGAAUGAAGCUUCUUUUAUGA